GGGCGCGGGCGCCCCGGUUGCGCGCCAGGCCAGAGCGGUUAUGGCGGUUGGGGGCAGCGGGCGACCAACAAACACUCUCUAAUUUAGAUGAGUGAAGUAAUCGCUGACGGUUUCUCAAUCCCCGUGGCGGUUACUCUUCUAAACGGGCCAGCGUGUGCGGUUAAUGCAGAGUUCUGACAAGUAACGGGAGGCGCAGGGUGUCCGAUCAAUAGUUUACCGUUCGAAAACUAUUUUGUGACACGAGUAUGGCCUUAAUAACGCUUCUAAUUUUAGCUCAGAUGCUGCAUUUAAGCAUUCCCUCCCUGAACAGCGCGUGUAGUGACUUGAAUCUCAUUUAUUCUCUAAACAUUGAAAAACGGCCAUUCCCAGAUGAUUAUGAUUUGUUACGAGUUCCACAUAAAUUUCAACAGUUAGUUGCUCAUCCUUGUGACCGAAAUGUUGCAUUAUAUAUAAGGGUACUGGUGUUCUUCACCAGAGAUGGUUUCCAAAGUUCUCUCUAUCCACUUGAAUUUCCCAAAGCAUGGUUGCAGCCAGACACUCGAUUAACAGCUGCAAUAUUUGUGGAAGACCAUUUAGCAAUGCUUAUCGGAGGAAAUGUCUAUCUCUUCCAUCCACACAAUAAAUCAUGGAUUCCUUCAAGAGGUAUAAACACGAGCAUAAAUGGGAUUACAAGCAAUCAGUGCUGUAUCAAUAAAGACCCCUUUUGUAAGAGAAUAAGUUCCUUAGUCAUUGCAUAUCAUAAGAGUGCCAACAUGUCUCAAGUUUCACUAUGGUUGUCUACCGACGGUGGUUUGGAGUUUUCAAAAAUAGCUCCAGAGCUGCCACUCAAGGGAAGUUUUGAAGGAGCAUUUAUCUUCCCUACAAUAUCAGCAUUAGCAUUAUUAAUAAGAGAAUAUCGGGAGUUUUAUUUUAGGUACAUUGCAAUACACAGUAACCUCACUGCAACUCCUUUUAAUUUGCACCCUCGUGAUCGUAACCCUUAUUUUAUACAACCAGUGGGAAUGCAGGGACACCUUGUCAUCUGGAGUGUUCAUACACUGCUUUUCUCUCCGAACCAUGGCCAGAAUGUAUAUCCAAUUCGUUAUUAUGACUUGCCUGGUCAAGUGACCCACGUGCUGUUUCAGAAGCGUAUUAUUCAGCAAGUUAUCUGCAAUACUGAUGAUGAGAUUGCUAUGAUGACCAUUGGUGGAGAAAUCUAUUUUGGAAAGCUCAACAUAGGUGCAAAAUUAUUGAGGGGAAGUAUAAUAAAUCAAUAGAGUCAAUAGAAACAUAGAUAGAAACAUAGAAAAUAGG